CGGAAAUGUGGGGUGUCCCCGCAGUCAACAUAUAGAAGAGUAACACCCCCCCACCAACCCAUCUCCAUACCCAUUGCAAUUGUGCCUCUUCCUCUUCCCAAUUGCAACCUCACCACUUCCCUAAACAAACACAUCAACAGAAGAAGAAGAAAACAGGGAGUGAAAAGACAAAAUGGACCCCAGCAAAGUGAAAAUCCCCCCAAUGAAAGACCUAACGGUCGACAACAUCACCGAGAACGUGAUCCGAAUCAACUCCCUCUGCGAAGACGAACGACUAAAAUACAUUCUCGAGCGACUCGUCACACACCUUCACGACUUCGCAAGAGAAACCCGUCUUAGCACGGAUGAGUGGAUGACCGGGUUGAGAUUCCUCACGGAAGUAGGAAAGAUUUGCUCGGAUGUUAGACAGGAAUAUAUCCUACUAUCAGAUAUCCUCGGCCUCUCCAUCCUCGUCGACUCCAUCGACCACCCCAAACCCCCCAACAGCACCGAAGGCACCGUGCUGGGCCCAUUCCACACGCACGACGCCGAGCCCCUCACCCCGGGGGCCAGCAUCAGCCACGAUCCCGCCGGCGAGCCCCUCCUCGUCGUCUGCACGGUGAAGGAUACCCACGGGAAGCCCGUCAAGGACGUGAAGAUCGAUAUUUGGGAGACGGAUUCGACGGGCCAUUAUGAUGUGCAGUAUCCUGGGAGAGAUGGACCUGACGGUCGAUGCAUCAUGACUUCUGAUCAGGAAGGAGUGUUCUGGUUCAAGGCUAUUACGCCCGUUCCGUACCCGAUUCCGCAUGAUGGGCCGGUUGGGAAGUUGUUGAAGUUGUUGGGGAGACAUCCGUAUCGCCCGAGUCAUAUGCAUUUUAUGUUUGAGAAGGGGGGGUUUGAUCAUUUGAUUACGGCGCUGUAUCUCCGUAAUGACCCCUAUGAGACUUCUGAUGCCGUCUUCGGGGUCAAGGAUUCGCUGGUCGUGGAUAUUGGUAAGGCUGGGCCGGAGUAUGCGGCCAAGUAUGGGGUUUCGGAGGAUCAUGCCCUGCUUACGUAUGACUUUGUGUUGGUGAGUGAUGAGGAGACGAGUGAGUUGAGGGCGAGGAAUUCCAAGGAGGCGUUGGAUAAGUUGGGGAGGAAGGUCAAGAUUGUUAACGGGUUGCCGGUGCCGGAGUUGGAUUGAUUUUCUUUUUCCUUUCUUUGGUAUGGUCUGGGUCAUGUAAUUGAUAAGUGUCAUGUGAAUGUAUUCUUUAUUAGGUAUAUACAUCAUUCGUU